CAUCUCCAGCGGACAAAGCUUUGUGAUAUGAAGGAUGGGGAGCUUGAUCAAUUAUAUAUCAAGAGAAGGGAUCAAUUGAAAGAGCUUGUUGCUAGCAUAAUCUCUCCAAAGAUUGUACAGGGCAAGACUCUAAAUGGGAAGGAGUUUGUCUCCUUCCUGGAGCAGAUACUUGAAGCCUUGAACAAGGGAGAGAUUCCAUCAACAGGCUCUCUUGUGGAGGUUUUCAACAAGAAUAUUCUUGAAAAGUGUCUGAAGUUGUACAAUGAAAAGAUGGCAAAACUAGUUCUACCUCUUCCUGAGGAAUCUCUGCAAGGGGCCCAUGAUAAGUCUAGAGAUGAAGUCAUGCAAGUCUUUGAUCAGCAGCAUUUUGGUCGUCACCAUGCUAAGAAAUCAGUUAUGCAGCUGGAUGAAGAAAUACAACAGGUGUAUAAGCAUGUUGUUUUGAAAAAUGAGUAUCAAUCUUCAAAGCUCUGUGAGGGACUGUACACCAGAUGUGAGGACAUAAUGGAUCAGCUUCAAGUUCUCAAACUUCCUUCCUUGGCAAAAUUUAAUGCAGGUUUCUUGCAAUGCAAUCGAAGUUUUGAGCGUGAAUGUGUUGGACCUUCAAAAACAAAUUAUGAGCAACGCAUGAUGAAGAUGUUGGGGAAGUCUCGGUCUCUGUUUAUAAAGGAGUACAACCACAGGCUCUUCAAUUGGUUGGUGGCCUUCUCACUGGUUAUGGUAGUGAUUGGCCGCUUUUUUAUAAAAUUCAUUUUGAUUGAAAUUGGAGCAUGGGCACUCUUUAUAUUUCUGGAGACAUACACAAGAAUGUUUUGGUCGGCAGAGGCACUUUACUAUAACCCAGUUUGGCAUUUUAUAGUUGCAACUUGGGAAACUGUUGUUUACAGUCCAGUCCUGGAUCUUGACAGAUGGGCUAUUCCCCUCGGUGUAAUUCUGUCAUUGUUUGUUCUAUAUUGGCGGUGUUAUGGGAGAAAGAAAUAUGGAUCGCAGUGGCUAUUACCUUUAUACAGAAGCAAUAAAAAUGGUCCUAAUCGUCCACGAUCAGACUAAAUCUAUGAUGAUGAUUGCAGUUGCCGGCAUGUUUCAAGAGUUUGGCAUGCAAUUCGUCCUAUAUUGCGAGCUUUAUAUUUUAUUUUUUUACAGAGCUCGCCGGCCCCUUCAUCUUCAAAAAAGGCUCUUCUUCUUCUUCAGAGUGUAAAAAGGUGGUGAACAGAGGGUGAUUGACCUCUUCUGUAGCUUCUACGACUUUAGCGCCUCAAAAAUGUUGUUCUUUGUUGCCACAAUGGCACUAUAUUUGAUUACUUUGUGUAUUAUUUCACAAUUACUUCCAUAGGAUUGUAGAGUAAAUUAAAUAUUAUAUACUAUGUUGUGCCCCAAUCAUGUAUGAACGUGUAAACUGGUAAAUUUAAAGAAAGGAAAAAGAUGCUGAUUCUUUGUUCUC